AACCGGAAAUGUGGUUUAGCUUCCUGCUGCUAACUUAACGUAGCUCUGUAAACAUUGUUUUGACUGUUAAAAUGAACGAUGAAGAGGAGUCUUUGGUUUAACUUUCGCAGUGCUGCUUUAGUUUUAUUCGGGUGUUUUACAGUUUACACUGUUUGGAAUUUAAAAGGGAGGAUGUCUGACCAGACGUUGGACUAUUUCUUGAGUCGGAUAAAGAAGAAGGACGCUGCAGAGGUGAGGUGGUCGCACGCUGUCAACAACCGGAGCCGGUUGUCGGAGGUCCUCUCAGGUGCCACUCAUAUGAUUGAGGCAGACAUAAUCAUGAGAGGUUAUGACCCCAAAGAGCCAAUCAUGGCCCAUCCCCCUGACACAGACAGUGACAUCACACUGAAGGAGUGGCUGGAAGGAGUGAAGGCGCACGAUAAAGGAAUAAAACUAGACUUUAAGAGCCUGGAGGCGGUGUCUCCGUCUGUGGUGCUGCUGGAGGCGGUGCUGGCAGAGCAGAGUCGUCCCGUGUGGAUCAAUGCGGAUAUCCUCUCUGGUCCUGGGGGGCAGGCUAGACCUCUGGAGCCUCAGGCUUUCCUUUCUGCUGUGAGAACUCUACCCAGUCACACUGUGCUCUCUCUUGGGUGGACUACAGGAUGGACCGCUGGGACAGAUAACCCAGGUUACAGCUGGGAUAUGGUGCAUGCGAUGGAGGAGAUUUGUAGAACCCUUAAACAUCCAGUCACCUUCCCAGUGCGUGCAGCUCUCCUGCCCCAGUCAUUCGCCCAACUCGCAUGGCUGCUGAAGCAGUCAGACAGGUACACUUUAACAGUGUGGACCGGCCAGAGUGAUGAGUUAACACUACAGGACUUACUGCCAUACAGGCUAGAGUUUGAUAGCAGUAAGAUCUACUAUGACUUGCCGGACUCUCUAAGGACCGAGCUCAGUAUGACCUUGCGUGACAAGAACUGAACGUCCACUGCAGACACAUUCUGACAGCAGUAACUCUGAUGCCCACAGGUGAAGAGAGGAAAGUGGAAUUUGCUCUACAAAACUUUUCCUGUUGUUCAUCUGCCAUUGACCAGAAUCAUGAUACAGGGGUCAUUUUUUAGGGGUCAUGUGAGGAUUAAUCAAAUAGAAGUGUAGCAAGUCUCUCUAAAACUGUGGGCUCCCCCAGCACACAAUCUAGCAUCACAGGUCAGUUACUCAACACAAAUGUAUUGCCUCCUCAGCCACACACACCAUCAAUACAAAAUACUCAGCUUUACAGCUCUUCUGAGGUUUCUAUAGUCCUGUUCCAAAGUCUGUGACGGUUCACUCCAGCCUUCCUUUCUGGUUUGUGUGUGCCAGCCAACUCUGGUCCACAACACUACUGCAUUAAGAGGAGAGAGUGAAUACUCAAUGAGUACCAGCUGAGAUCAUCAACUCACCUGGUGCUGCUCUCAUCAUCCGUCCCCACACCUUUCUGUCUCCUGCAGUGGAGUGUAAACCACACCCACCUCCACAGAAAAGAUGAAGAAAAAGUAUUUCCACUGCACAAAGGAUGCUUACAUUUUAUAACUUUUCUCUAAUGGUUGCUUUUCCUUGUGAAGUGGCCUCUAAAUUUGUUACAGUGACUAUGUUUACAUGCACAAAAUAUUCUGGUUUUAGCUCCUACUAAGGUCAGAGAUAUACUUGUGUAUGAUUGCUACUUUGCAUAACGUGUUCUGUUGCACCCGUUAUCACACCGCAGCAGUGAUGGAUAUCCUGUAUAUGUAUGAAAAUGUAUACUAUGUAUACUAUUGAUAUUCAAGUGGUUCUUACUGUAGGACUUUUAAGACUGCCCCUUGUUUAGAUCUAGAGGAUAUGACUGUAUAAGGAUAAAAGGAGAGGGUACCAAGACUAUAUAAGCGAGCCCAUCUUUAGUAGAAGAGACUAGAUUCCGUACUGUUCUGUUUCCUGGCUAUAACAAUCAAAUCUUGAGUGUGCGUUUAGUGAAAAGGUAAACCACUAGUAGUCAGCAAAGAACAAGAUUUUGAAAUGUUGAUCUUUGUACGUCAAAUCUUAAAAUGUAAAGUAACUAAAGCUGUGAAAUAAAUGUAAUUGAGUGAAAUUUUC